AUGGAACUCAAUGUCACCACCGUGAGCUGGCCCUCUCUUUACAACCCAGCCAUCGAGCUCUCCGUCAGACGUGGUCUCCUGCAACCCGUGCAGCCAGGUGGCUCUUAUCUCAUCAAUCCAGAUGAUAUCUUUCGCUUCACUCUUUACUGGACUCUUAUUUUUCACAUUCCUUUCUAUGCCAUCUGUGGCAUCUAUGCCUUCCUCAAUUUCGCGUUCCCGCCUUCGCGUCGAUCAAUAGCGACAUUCCCACUUGAAACCUCUUCCCGCAUUCCCUUCUCCCCCAAUUCGAACCAAACCGAACAAUGGAUCAAGCGUCCACGACCUAACGUUCGCCGUUCUCGACUCACUUUUGCCCUCCUCGUCAUUCUUGCGUUUCUGUUCAUUAGUCUCACUGGUGCUGUCAUGGGAGCAGCUGUAGUCGGCUUCGUACUUGCAGGUGUAUACAAGGCAGGCGGCUUUUACAUGUCCACG